ACAGUCCUUCACUCCGCAUGUCCGGAGCCGGCUGAGCCGUUCUCUCAGCACCUCCUGCUAUCUCUGAUAACGUUCGUCCACCUCUACUCACUUCCUGCAAAAUGGUACUUGCGGACGCGACAUUGGCGGACAAUCAUCGCCGUCAUCGUACUUUCACGGCAAACGGUAAUCCGGACGUUAUCACAAUAUGCAAUCUAGUGGACGGUGAGACCUUGACUUACAGCUUGGCCUUGAUAAGAGGUCGAGCACCCGUGCUAUGCAGUUACAUUACUGUUCGAGGUCAUAAAAAUGUAACUUCGGAGUGGCCGAUCAUCGCGGGACAAUUCCGCGUCCUGGUGGAUUUGGCACGUGGCCCGAACAAAUUAGAACUCGAGGCAGGCGGACAUAAAAGAAGAUUGAUGCUUGUAUAUGAGCCGAGAACCACCAGGCUACGGGUGACACCGGUCUAUGUCAUCUGUGCAGGUCAUGAUGGUUAUUUUCAGGGUCCACGCAAUGAGGAUCGGUCACCUGAGAGCGCGGCAACGAGAAUAGGACUUGGUGCCAGGCUUCUUCAGACUCUGACGGCCGAAAAGCUCUUGGAAGCCGGUUACGGCAGAAAAACCUUCCAGCUAGAAAGAGAUUUAGACGGUCCGGAAUGCCUGGUCAUGCACAGUAUGCUUCAUGUAGAUCAGGCACGAGCAAUGAAGCAAAGGGAACUUUGGGAGUUAAUCGCGCGCGAAUUGAUGACCGGUCCCUUGGCGUCCAAGGAUCGCAAAUACCUGGCGUUUCUAUCAUGUACGAGAUACCGUGGCGCGCCUAGUCCUCGAACACACGAGGAUACUUUAGCGAGGACGCAAGGUCAUGCGGCUCUUGGUGGAGGUGGUUUAGCGCUUUUCGGUUCGGCAUGUCUUCAUACUUGGCCUACGCGUAUGGCUCAGAUAUUACCAAGGUUUUUGGAUGCCACUGUCAUCGAUACCGAGCAACUCAUGGACGACAGUAAUUAUCGAGGCACGCAUGGGGGCUGCUUGGCGACGACGUUAGGUUCUGUUCUACACGAGCUUGGUCACACUUUCGAUCUUGGUCAUACCCGAGAGGGGAUAAUGGGUCGAGGAUUCGACUACGUCGACAGGGUUUUCGUGGGCGCAGCUGGAAUUGACUUCAAUCGUAAUCCCAUCAGAAGGGAUCCUCAACACACGACCGUCGCUCUUAGCAGACCUCUCAGCGUUACGGUAACCGUGCAAGAAUCUAUAUUAUCAAGUCCACGAAGAGGUAGAUUGCUUUCGGAAACAUCUAGACCUACGCCGUCACCUACUUCGAGGCAGUUGCCUGGAAGACUUUCAGCGCCAGCUAGUCCCGAGCUUAACAGAUCUCUCUCUAAAAGUUUGAUCGCUUCGGAACCUCCAACACAGCCUGAUCGCACAUUUUGGGGUCCGUCAUGCGCGGCGUUACUUUCGUAUCAUCGCUGGUUCAACAGCGAAAUGGACAAUAUUUCCAAUAGACAUCAUCAUAAAAUAGAGUAUGAAGGGAAAAGGAAUGUAGUGAGAUCACGAUAUGGAAUACGAGUAAUAGAACUUAGAGAGAGUUCGGGAGGAAUGGUUGUGGGUUCCCGCCAAUUUCCUGGUUCGCGACCACCUUUGGAGGCUCUAGUUCCACUACCUCCAUCCCACUGCCUCACCACUCUUAUCCUAGUUGCUGAAGACUCCACCGGGAAUGUGCUCAAACAUCCUCUUCCCACUGCCUUUUAAAGGUCAGCAGAAACAAUGAUGCGUAAUUUUAUCUUCUAGUCUCCGGCGAAGGUUAUUACAAUCCGUAAGCAAUAUCGGCUUAAUAUACAUAUUGUAAAUUAUGCAACGAUAUUUUUGUUCCUUUUUCUUCUUUAGUUUAUAUAAAAGUUUAUAUUAGAGGCGUUUUUUUUUUAAUUAAAGAUAUAUAGAAACAAAUCUUUUCUCUGUAUUGAUAUCUUUUAUACAUUAAUUAUGUAUUUAUGAUAAAUCCACAUAGAGAGAAAAAAAGAGGGAGAUCGGUAUAGAUCGGUAUAGAUAGAUUGAUAUUUUUAGAUAUAUGUCUGUAUUAUAAUAUACACAAUACUGAAUCAGAAUAAAAAUUUGAAAAAUGACAUUUACAGAAAUAUUUAUAGAGAUGAUAAUUUAAUUCUUAUGAUGAGUUGAGUAGUUUUUCUUAUUCUAUGAAUAUAAUUGUUAAUUUUUCAUUCUGUGAAUAUAUAUAUGUAUAAUAAUAUGUCAAAAUAAAUUUCUAGUUUCUAUUUAUGUAAACAUAUAGAGUUGAUCAUCCAAAUACAUCAUGACAACAUUAUAUAUAGCUUUUAUUUAAGAUCGUUAAUCAAAGUAUUAUACUGCCAUUAUAUAUCUUUGGUUUUUGAAAUUGCAAGUAAGUCAGUUGAAACAAAAAUAUAAGGCAAUUUCUAUAUGGGAUUUGAAAAAGUUUUUUUCGUAUUAUAUAAUUUAAUAAAUUUAAUUUUAUAUGAUUUGUUUAUAUAUAUACGAUUAUAUAACUGAAAACUCGCUGCUUUGUAUGUAUGUGAAUCUGGUAUGUGCAGGUGAUAUAAAUUUUAUAAUAAUGUAUGAUUGCGUAGCUAAAUAAUAAAUAUUUGAUAACUAUAUGAGAUACAUUUUGCUCAUGUAUAACACUUAUUAUCGAAUAUAUUUAAAUGAAGGGUAUUACUUAAUAAUAAUUAAUUUUGUAAUGAUAAUUUUUAACGUUUCACAUGAGCUAUUAUCUCAAUUUUUAUUAGUAAAAAUAACAAUUAAUUGACGACACUGGUAAUGCGUGCACAAAUGCAUUGACAAAUAUAAUAAAUAAUACAUUUAAUAUACAAGAUACUGGAAAUGCUUGUGUGUUUGUAUAACUACAUUGCGGAAAAUUUCAUAGAAUAAUAUAUAUGCAAAAAAUUAUAUAUACUUAUAUGAGUAAAAAUAAAAACAUAAAAAAAUGAGUGAUAUAAGUUUUAACAAAAUCGCACUAAGGCAAAACAACACUUGUAUACUAUAUUAUAAACAUAUGUACAGUAUAUCUUAUAUUAUUAUUAUAAUAAAUUAGGGUAGUGAAUCAAACAUUAAAAAGACAAUAUUAUACUAUCGGCUUUGCAAACUAGCGAGAAGAAUCUAUGUAUUUUAAACUAGGAAUAUAAAAUUAGUUAAAAACA